CCAGAAGUCUCUGGGAAGCGGCCGCACUGCGCGGGCAACUCGUUGAUCCCGGGGAAGAUGGCGGUGCCGGAGCCGGGGAGCUAGGGCGAGUGCAGGCAGCGGCUGCCUGCUCGGCUUGGCGCCUGGGCCGGCUCGGAGCUGCUGACCAUCCUCAUCCUCGGUGUGUGACCUGUGGCAUGUGGGCACAAUGGAUCUGGCUUACGUCUGCGAGUGGGAGAGAUGGCCCAAGAGUACCCACUGCCCGUCAGUGCCCCUGGCCUGUGCUUGGUCCUGCCGCAACCUCAUUGCCUUCACCACUGACCUUCGAAAUGAUGACCAAGACCUCACCCGCAUGAUCCAUAUCCUGGAUACAGAGCACCCCUGGGAUGUGCACUCCGUCAACUCAGAACACAGCGAGGCCAUCACCUGCCUCGAGUGGGACCAGUCGGGCUCCCGGCUCCUGUCGGCUGAUGCUGAUGGGCAGAUCAAGUGCUGGAGCAUGGCGGACCACCUGGCCAACAGCUGGGAGAGCCACGUGGGCAGCCUGGUGGAAGGGGACCCCAUCGUGGCCCUGUCCUGGUUGCACAAUGGUGUGAAGCUGGCCCUGCACGUGGAAAAGUCAGGUGCCUCCAGCUUCGGUGAGAAGUUCUCCCGCGUGAAAUUCUCACCGUCACUCACGCUGUUUGGCGGCAAGCCUAUGGAGGGCUGGAUCGCAGUGACGGUCAGCGGCCUGGUCACCGUGUCCCUGCUCAAGCCCAGCGGGCAGGUGCUGACGUCAACGGAGAGUCUGUGCCGGCUGCGCGGCCGUGUGGCCCUGGCCGACAUCGCCUUCACCGGUGGCGGCAACAUCGUGGUGGCCACAGCAGAUGGCAGCAGCGCCUCUCCCGUGCAGUUCUACAAGGUGUGCGUGAGCGUGGUCAGUGAGAAGUGCCGCAUCGACACCGAGAUCCUGCCCUCGCUCUUCAUGCGCUGCACCACGGACCUCAACCGCAAGGACAAGUUCCCCGCCAUCACCCACCUCAAGUUCCUGGCCCGGGACAUGUCGGAGCAGGUGCUCCUGUGUGCGUCUAGCCAGAUGAGCAGCAUCGUGGAGUGCUGGUCCCUGCGGAAGGAGGGGCUUCCUGUGAACAAUGUUUUCCAGCAGAUCUCACCUGUGGUCGGCGACAAACAGCCCAUGAUUCUGAAAUGGCGGAUCCUGUCCGCCACCAACGACCUGGACCGUGUGUCUGCCGUGGCGCUCCCUAAGCUGCCCAUCUCGCUCACCAACACUGACCUGAAGGUGGCCAGCGACACCCAGUUCUACCCCGGCCUCGGGCUGGCCCUGGCCUUUCACGACGGCAGCGUCCACAUUGUGCACCGGCUGUCGCUGCAGAGCAUGGCCGUCUUCUACAGCUCCGCGGCCCCGCGCUCCGCUGACGAGCCAGCCAUCAAGCGUCCACGAACCACCGGCCCUGCCGUCCACUUCAAGGCCAUGCAGCUCUCCUGGACCUCGCUGGCCCUGGUCGGCAUCGACAACCACGGGAAACUGAGCAUGCUGCGCAUCUCGCCGUCCAUGGGCCACACGCUGGACGUGAGCUUGGCCCUGCGGCACCUGCUCUUCCUGCUGGAGUACUGCAUGGUGACGGGCUACGACUGGUGGGACACGCUGCUGCAUGUGCAGCCCGGCAUGGUGCAGAGCCUGGUGGAGAAGCUGCACGAGGAGUACACGCGCCAGAACGCAGCCCUGCAGCAGGUCUUGUCCACCCGGAUCCUGGCCAUGAAGGCCUCGCUGUGCAAGCUGUCACCCUGCACGGUGGCCCGUGUGUGCGACUACCAUGCCAAGCUCUUCCUUGUGGCCGUCAGCUCCACGCUCAAGUCCCUCCUGCGCCCCCACUUCCUCAACACACCCGACAAGAGUCCCGGCGACCGGCUGACCGAGGUCUGCACCAAGAUCACUGACGCCGACAUCGACAAGGUCAUGAUCAACCUCAAGACGGAGGAGUUCGUCCUGGACAUGAACACACUCCAGGCGCUGCAGCAGCUCUUGCAGUGGGUGGGGGACUUCGUGCUCUACUUGCUGGCCAGCCUGCCCAACCAGGUGCGGUCCCUCCUGGGCGGUCCCAGCCCCCUCCGCACAGUCCCCGCCCCCUGGGUCCUGGCCUGCCCCCUCUGCAGCGCCGCCCCGCCCCCCUCUGCAGCAGCUCCCCCGCCCCCUGGGUCCUAG